AACUCAAGAGAGGCUGGAAAUAACUGAAUUUCAGAUUACAAUGUUUGCUGAAAAAGGCAAAAGGAGAGAAGUCACAAGAUACUGUGACUGGAUGUCGCAAUUACCACCUGAACUUCACAACAUUCCUCUCUUUAAUCUGGCCAUACCAGGUAGCCAUGACUCAAUGAGUUAUGACUUGGACAUCAACUCCUCUAUAAUAGAACCUGACAGUCUGAAACGUUUCAGCAAGAUUUAUUGUGCACGUAAAAUAGUGCGCAAAUGGGCAAUCACACAGGAGGAGACCAUCACAAAGCAACUGGAUGUAGGAGUCCGCUACUUUGACCUGAGGAUUGCUCGCAAGGCAAAUGACACUGACCCCACUAGAUUUUUCUUUUAUCAUGGGCUGUACACGCAGACUGAUGUGGAGACUAUUCUCAAAGUCAUAAAUGACUGGGCGGAGAAGCACCCCAAAGAAGUCCUCAUCCUGGCUUUAUCCAACUUCAAAGGGUUUACUGAAGAGGCCCUCCACAUCCAUCUUAUCAACUUCAUCAAAACCUUGUUUGGAGCCAAACUGGUAUCAAAACAGGCCAAUCCUACCCUGAGGAAAUGCUGGGACCAAGGCACAAAUGUCAUAGUUUCAUAUGAUUAUCCUGCGAUUCUGCAACCUGAGAUCUGGAGUAAAAUAACUUAUUACUAUGGCAACAGUAUGGACCACAAAGAAGUUGAAUCAGAACUUCGUCAGGUUUUGGAAAAAGGAAGGCCUCCUGAUCCCUGUUUCUUUGUGUGUGGCUUGAACCUGACUCUGCCAGAUGAUGCCAGGAUACUCAAGUACAUCCUUCGCCUUUGUGACAACUUUGUCAACGUCAUACGAAGGAGUCUGCCAAAGCUGCUGCGGUGGGUGAAACAGCAAGCUGAAAAAACACCUAUGAACAUUGUCGCCUCGGACGUGGUGACUCGUGACGGCUUCGUCUCAACGGUUGUCAACCUUAAUGUCUCUAAACAUGUGAAAAGAUAGUGGAAUCACGUCUCGUUUAAUUGUGUCUUUCUUUAUUACAAUAAUAAUUCUGUGUUUGAUUUUUUUUCCCCUGUACAACAAAUUCAACCUCUUGCUCUCUCAUCAACCAAUGAUGUAUUAUUGGAAGAACCCACACACACUGUGAUUGUUUUCAAUGUGCCUGGCCCGUUGGCGCCACCAUGUGUCAAUUUCUGGUCCUGCAAUAAAAUG